AUGAAUUCUUUUAGCUUUGAUCUUAUUCAUCAUGAUUCAAAACUAUCUCCAUUUUAUGAUCGAUCUAAAACUGAGUCAGAGCGUUCGAUAGAAGCUUUUAUCCGUUCCCUCAAUCACCUCAAUCACUUCAAUUCGUCUUUGUUGAUUGAUGCAAAAUACGUAGAAUCCGAUUUAACUAUCGGUGACUAUCUCAUGAAUAUUUAUAUAGGUAAGCCAAACGAACGACAUGUUGCACCAAUAACAAGACUUGUUAUCCCAAGCAUGUCAAGUGGCCUUACCUGGAUACGAUGUGACCCUUGUUCUUCCAACUGUGAGAAUCAACAUCAAUCACUUUAUGAUCCAAAAUCGUCAGAAACCUAUCACGGUAUUCCGUUUGACUCAAAAGUGUGCAUAGAUCUACAAGGUACUAAGCAUGUUGAAUCAAAUCUGUGCCAAUAUGAAUAUCGUUAUGGCUACAAGGAAGUCUCCUCUGGAGUGUUGGGCACUGAGACAUUCUACUUGAGAUCUCCCGAAUACAGAGAGAAAAACUUCUCUGAUAUAGUGUUUGGAUGCGAUGAAGCACAUCAAGGGGAUUUUAAAGUCGAUGUUCAAGGUGUUGUUGGUCUUGGACAAGGGCCAUUUUCACUAGUUUCUCAAGUGGCAAAAAAAGUUGGUAAGAAAUUCUCCUAUUGCUUGGUUAAGAAGUCAUCUAGUAGUCGUAGUAAGAUUAAAUUUGGAUCGAACUUACAACUCUACAACCAAGACGAGAAAGAAUAUAAAGUUAAAUUCGAGUACUCUCCUCCUGAUCCCAGCUACCACCUCAACCUUGAAGCCAUUAGCAUUAACGGUGAGAAAAUAAAGACACCAAACAAGAAACAUGAUAUGAUAGUCGAUAUUCAGACAUCCUUGACAUCAUUGCCUCCAAUUAUAUACAAUGCAUUCAUUGCCAAGUUUAAAGAACAACUUGGCGACAUAACCUCAAUCCAGCAUCCGAAAUACGGCACUUGCUUCCAAAAACUUGACCUCGUCGGCAUCAAGAGUCCCAGGGUUGUGUUUCAUUUUUCUCACCCAUUCCUAUCCGAUGGAGACUUUCUUGUGAAUCCUACAACAAUGUUUCGGGAAAUCAUUGAAUACAUGUGUUUGACAAUAGUCCCAAUAGAAGGAGUUUCUGUUUUGGGGAACAAAGCACAAAUAGACCGUCAGAUGAUAUUUGACGUGUCAAGCAAAUCCAUCACUUUUGCUCCACUUGAUUGCAUCAAAGUUUCAUUUUAA